GGGCCGCAAACCCCGGGCCGCGCUGCCCUGUCUUAGCCACGGCUGAGCACCGGCGGCCGGGAGGUGCCAGGCCCCGCCCACUACAGUGGGAACGGGGGCAGCGCAACCCUCUAUCGGCCCCGCCGUUCCUCCAGCUCCGGCACGAUCGUUCCGGUCGGGGGCGGGCUCAGGGGCGCUGGGAGAGAGGGGCGGCGCCGCCGCCAUGAUCUGCCUGGUGCUGGGGCUCUUCGCCGGCCUCUUCCAGAGCGCUUCCAGCGGGGCUAAUGAACGCACCUUCGUGGCCAUCAAACCCGACGGAGUCCAACGGCACCUGGUCGGGGAGAUCAUCCGGCGGUUCGAGAGGAAGGGCCUGCAGCUGGUGGGGCUGAAGCUGCUGCAGGCCUCAGAGGAGCUGCUGAAAGAGCACUACACUGCCCUUCGUGACCGUCCCUUCUACAGCCAGUUGGUGAAGUACAUGAGCUCCGGGCCCGUGGUGGCCAUGGUCUGGCAGGGCCUGGAUGUGAUCAAGACAGUUCGUACAAUGAUUGGGGAGACUAACCCAGCCGAAUCCAGGCCUGGUACCAUCCGAGGAGACUUCUGCGUUGAAGUCAGCAAGAAUGUGAUCCACGGCAGCGACUCGGUUGAGAGUGCCCGGCAGGAGAUCUCCCUCUGGUUCCGCCCAGAGGAGCUGACUUGCUGGGAGGACACGGCCGAGCACUGGAUCUAUGUGUGAGAAGAGCAGCCUGAGGGAAGUAUGUCUUCCUGACUGGGCAUGGGGCGUUUCCAUCCAUUUCAUCAUAUCUGCCUGGGCUGGCUGUGGAUCCUGCGGCAGAGGUCUUUGUUCUGUUUGUGGGUGGAGGGGUCCUGGGAGCUGGUCUGUAUGUGUAACUCUGCGGUUCAGCUCCCUGCAAGGGUAGCUAUUUCUUUUUUUCUCUCUCUGCUAUAGUAAGUAGUUGGUAUAGUUGCUCUGUUUGCUGCAGCAUCUUAAAUCUCAAGUAGCUCAAGGUGAUUCAUUGACAUGUAAGCAGGGCUGUAUGCCCGUUUCUGCGUGUUCUCAGACCUGCCUGGCACAGGAGAAUGUGUGCUCCUCACUGCUGGGAGAGGUGUUUUGGUCAUUACAAGGUGAUGUGAUCAAUAU